AGUUCCAACACCACCCAAUCCAAACUCACUCGACUCACCCUUCUCUUAACUCUAAAACGAUAAAAAAAUAAAAAAUAUAAAUAAUAAAUAAAAACUACUCAAAGUAAGCUCAAAAAUCAGAUGCAUUCCAAAUAAAUCAGAAACCCAAAAUUCUCUCUCCUCUCCAUCUCCACCAAUCCCAUAUUAUUCCCUCUCUCUCUCUCUCUCCUCCUCUGCCGCCACUUUCUCUCUCUAACCUAUCUCACCUCGUGUUUUUGUAUGAAUGACGGACUAUAGAAUACAGCCCACCAUGAAUCUCUGGACUGACGACAACGCCUCCAUGAUGGAGGCUUUCAUGAGCUCUUCGGAUCUUUCAGCUCUAUGGGCUACGCCGACCUCAAAUCACCCUCCUCCUCCGGCGGCCGCGGCCCAGGCUCAUCAGCCACAGCAGUCGGCCGCUUCAACUUCGGCCGCGGCCGGCCAGCCUCAGCCUCCUCCGGUGGCGGCUUUCAACCAGGAGACUCUCCAGCAACGACUCCAGGCCCUGAUUGAGGGAGCCCGUGAGAGCUGGACUUACGCCAUUUUUUGGCAGUCUUCGUACGAUUACUCCGGGGCUUCGGUACUCGGCUGGGGUGAUGGAUACUACAAGGGCGAAGAAGACAAAGGUAGAGGCAAGGCUAAGACAUCUUCCUCCUCCGCGGCGGAGCAGGAGCACCGGAAAAAAGUCCUUCGUGAGCUCAACUCGUUGAUUUCUGGAUCCGCACCGUCGGCGGAUGAGGCCGUCGAUGAGGAAGUCACUGAUACAGAGUGGUUCUUUUUGGUCUCCAUGACCCAGUCCUUCGUGAAUGGCGGCGGGCUACCUGGCCAAGCUUUUUUCAAUUCAAACCCUGUUUGGGUGACUGGCAUAGAUAAUCUCACCGCCUCGACCUGCGAGAGGGCUCGCCAGGGUCAGAUCUUCGGAUUGCAGACCAUAGUUUGUAUUCCUUCCGAGAAUGGGGUCGUCGAAUUAGGGUCUACUGAACUCAUCUUCCAGAGUUCGGAUCUGAUGAACAAGGUCAGGGUUUUGUUCAAUUUCAGCAAUUUGGAAGUGGGUUCAUGGCCUUUAAGCGGCGGAGCCCCUGAUCAGGGGGAAAACGAUCCCUCGUUUUGGCUCAACGACCCAACGUCUGCCACCGUGGAAGUCAAGGAUUCCGUAACCACCGCGGCAGCUCCGUCGGCGUCGGUUCCGAGCUCAACAAACCAGCAGACCUCCAAAUCCACCGUCCAGUUCGAAAACCCGAGCUCGAGUAGCUUGACCGAUAAUCCCAGCGCGAUCCAGAGGCACCAACAGGGGCAACAAGCACAGACGCAGAGCUUCUUCACCAAAGAAUUAAAUUUCUCAGAGUAUGGAUUCGACGGGAGCAGCGUCAAGAACGGAAAUUCCCAUUCUUUGAAGCCUGAAUCGGGCGAGAUAUUGAAUUUCGGCGAAAGCAAGAGGAGUUCGUACAGCGCAAAUGGGAAUUUGUUUUCUGGGCAAUCCCAAUUCGCAGCGGAGGAGAACAACACUACUACUAAUAAGAAGAAGAGGUCUCCAACUUCGCGUGGAAGCAACGAAGAAGGGAUGUUGUCUUUCACUUCUGGGGUUGUUUUACCGGCUAGUGGUGUCAUAAAAUCGAGCGGAGGAACAGGCGAUUCUGACCACUCGGACCUCGAAGCGUCGGUGGUUAGAGAAGCUGACAGUAGCAGGGUAGUAGAGCCGGAGAAGAGGCCCAGGAAGAGGGGUCGGAAGCCGGCUAAUGGGAGAGAAGAGCCAUUGAAUCAUGUCGAAGCGGAACGACAGCGAAGAGAGAAGCUGAACCAGAGGUUCUAUGCUCUUCGAGCUGUGGUUCCUAACGUUUCAAAGAUGGACAAAGCUUCCCUCCUAGGUGACGCAAUUUCAUACAUCAACGAGCUUAAAUCGAAGCUCCAAACGUCGGAAACCGACAAGGAGGAUCUCCAGAAGCAAAUGGAUUCGAUGAAGAGGGAGUUAGCAAGUAAAGACUCGCGUUCUUCGUCGGCUGAUCAAGACCUUUCGAUGUCAAACCACGGUGGGAGUAAGCUUAUAGAUUUGGACAUAGACGUCAAAAUCAUUGGUUGGGAUGCCAUGAUUAGGAUUCAAUGUAGUAAGAAAAACCACCCGGCCGCCAGGGUAAUGGCAGCUCUCAUGGAGCUAGACUUGGAUGUUCACCAUGCCAGUGUCUCGGUGGUGAACGAUUUGAUGAUCCAACAAGCGACAGUGAAGAUGGGUAGUCGGAUUUACACGCAGGAGCAGCUCAGGGUAGCCUUAACAUCCAAAGUUGGCAAUGCCCGAUAGGUUAAAAUGAGUGUGGAGCUCAGUAAGUUUAUGUAGGAAAAGAGUUCAUCAAGUAGUAGGGCUCUUGGGACAUUUUAAGGCUCCCGGUAAAGCUGCAAGCUCUGUAAAACAAUGCCGAAAAACUUAUUCUACGUGCUUAUUGCUGUUGUUGGUUAGUCUCUGUUUCAGUAAAGGUCGAGUUUUGAGAGGAGCUGAGCUCAUUCGACAAAUUUUCAGAUUUCUUCCAGCUCUCAUCAAGCGAAAGUAGCUUAUUCUUCUUCUUUUUCUUGUAGUGUAAUCUUAUGCUGGUUUUUCCUUUGUGUAUAUAUGUCAUAAAUUUGAACAUGCUUCAAGGCAUUGUGCAUGUAUGUAAUUGAGUUGCAAGCUUUCGCUUAUGUAUUUAUAAGGUUGCAAUCUAUCUAUCGAUAUCUCUAUAUAUAUUCCUCAUGAAA